AUGGCAGAAGAAUACAACGGCGACCGAGAACCGUCUCCCGAAGGAGGCGUACAUCUGAGAAAGGAGGCUCCUGUGAGUACGGACCCACACAUACGAUGUUCCGAGCCUCUUUACCCUGAUGGCGACAUUUUCGUCAUUCUGCUCAACAGCCAAAAGUCAUUCAUUGCCGGCUAUCAGUUGUCUUCUCAAGUUUGCAGAGUGGCGUCCGCAACUUUUGCCAAACUGAUCGACGCUGCCAGCACCACCCAAGAUGGACAGAAAAUUGUCAGACUGAGCGACUGUGUAGAUUCUGAAUCAGAUGCUUUUCGAUGCAUCUUCUCUGUUCUGCACCACGGGGACACUGAGACGUACAGGUAUCUGCCGGCCCAAGAUCUCCUCCAAGUCUCCAAAGUCAACUCAAUUCUGGAGUGUGACAAGGCCCUCGCGCCGUGGGUUAGUUUGUGGUUUCAGGAGGUACGUCGGGAGAUCACCGAAGUCAGCCAACAGAAGACAGAGGAUCUGGGUAUGCUGUUAAGUUCAGCAAUUGUAUUCAAGGCCGAAGAGGAGUCACGCAAGCUGAGAGAUUUUGCUGUCCACAACCUUGCCAUCGACUUUCCCGAAAUAUGGAGGAAGAACCAGACCCUUGGUCACUUGUUAGAGAACGAAUCACUUAGUGGACUACAAGACUACGUGGUCAAACUGUUAGCCCGCGUGUCCGAGUCGAUCCACUCCCUUGACGGCGUCUUGGAAAGCCAAAGCCAAGUGUACCCCACGGAUCGUAAGCUCUGCCCACACUGCGGUCGUCGGCAUCCAGGCACUGCCAAAAGGUGCCAUCCAUGCCAUGAGGCCAUGCUCUAUUCGGAAGUUUGCAGCAAGCCACACCGGGUCGGCGAGUAUCUCAGGAUUCUCACUAUCAAAAGGCUCUGGCCGCCUAGCAUUUUGCGACAGAACGGUGCUUCGAUAUCGUGUAUCUUGAAGCGGAUUUCCAGAAUGUCUCUCGAUAUCCCGCAUCAAUGUGGAGGCGGGACGAAAUGCCCUCUCUUUGUCCACAUCAACGGCCCGUUGUCCAAAGUCAAGCGGGUUGUGGACGGGUUUGCCACAGGUGUUGAACAAUCUGGUAGCGGAGAAGGUGAAAUCGGCGGCAAUUCUGAAGAGGGGCCGGUAACGAAGACAUCGUCGACCGACAUGUUGAGCUUGUCGUCGAAAGCACAUGGUGGUCUCAGCGAUGGCAAGUGA